UGACAUUAUCAAAAAGGAAGUUUCAUUAUUCUUUAAGUUUACAAGAUAAAACCAUUUAUUAUAUACGUUUGAUGAUGGACAGGGAUGAUAAGAGACGAUACUUUAUAGUCGGAUCUGUUAUAAUGGAGGUUGUCACACCGUUGUUCAGGACUAGACUUGAAAGAGACUACACUAGUAAAAGACUAACAACUCUACAGGCUUUCCUAAGCACACAGACAGUAAUACACAUACUGUUUCAUCUCCGUCACAGAAAUGCGCGAUGCUGUGUUGAUGGGCAUAACUGUUAUAACCAUCCAUCAUUGCCACUUAUCUAUUGUCAAUGGAAGCGGUUAUAUUCAGAGAAACCUGGCCAUGCCCUUCAUGAUUGCCACUGCAAGUUCACAGCUAAUCCUGUUCAACUAGAAGAUCUUGAUAUCACCUUAUCCAGCCUGAUUUUGUUAAACUGCAAUAAUCUGACACCAGCCGAUGAUGAAGCAGUACGGAGCUUACGACAAUACAAGAAUGACUACCUGAGUCACAAUACCACAGGAAGAAUAUCACAGACAGAAUACAAGAGCUUGUGGACAGACCUGACAAACUUUGUCCUACAACUUGACCCUAGUAAACAAGAUGACUUGAUAAGGAUUGAAAAGCGACCAUUGGAUGAGGCUUUGUGUAACAGCUACACCCUUAACCUACUAGACAUUCACAAAAAACUUGAUGAGAUGGAUAAUUCAAUCCAAGGUAUAAGAUCUGACAUACAAGGGCAAAAUGCUUAUAUGCAGGAGAUACUUCUAUACAUCAGACAAGAUGGGUGUUCUAGUCAGUGUGGAAACUCUGAACUACAAAACAAAGAUCACACAAACAGUAAACAAUACACACUAGGACAAGAUGUCUUCCAAAUACAACAUCAGAUUGACCUGACAUCAGAGAUUGGUAAGGGAAUCCAAGGAACUGUAAUAGAUAUAGUGAUGAUGGAUGAUGGUAGACUGGUGAUGAGUUUACCUGGGCAGUGGAGACUACUGAUCUGUAAUACAGAUGGAUCACAGGUAGACAGUUUCCAUGUACAUUGUAAACCAUAUGAUAUUACAGCAGUCAAUAACUCUACAGUAGCUGUAACGGUGGUCGGGAGUGAGUGUAUAGAGAUGUAUGACAUAAACAAUAAACUCAAAAUUAAAUCAAUACCAGUACCUGGAAUGAAGUGGUUAAGUGGCAUUACAACUAUAAACAACAAGUUAGUUGUAGGUUGUGAGAACAGACUAGAUAUCAUAGAUCAUCAGACAGGAGAGGUGGUACAGACAAUAAAGACUGACUGUUACCCUUACAUGUUACAUGGUUCUGGUGAGAGAAUAUUCUACUAUGAUACCUACUUCAACAACAACAAGCUGUUCUGGUACAGUUAUACUGAUGACAGACAUUACACCUUAACAUUACCAUCAUCACUUUUGAGUAUAACUACACUACAAGAUGGUAGUCUGUAUGUGUUGUGUGUAGGUGUAUCAGUCCAACAUGUGUCAUCUGAUAUUAAACAGUUUACUACUGUCAAAACAACGGGACUUGAACAAUUUGAAUGUCCAGCAUAUAAUCCAAAAAAAGGACAACUGGUUACAAAGAAUAUAAACCAGAACAUAUUCGAUGUAUUCUAUGAGAAAUAAUGGGUCUAGGUUACAAAAAGAAUUUUAACAUUUCCAUAACAUUUUUUAUGGAAAGAAAAUAAAGGUUUCAGUUUUGAAUGUAUUAGAUAUAUAGACUGUUUACUUUAAGUUCGUGUGAUAAUGGUGGCAUUUCAAUAACAAUAAAUGAGAAAAAUGUAAAUACAUUAAGGAAAUUAAAAGAAAAAGUUAAAAUUUUUAUGUUUAAUACAAGAAAGGUAAAUAUCAAUGAAUAUACUUCUUAAAAAGUACGUUUUGUAAUUUCAAGAUUGUAAUGUUUCCCUAUACUGACCAUACUGAAAACACCUUUUCAGCUUUUCACUGCUUCGUCUUCCAGUAGUGAAUAAAGAUUGUGAGUAAAUAUAUAUUUUGAUAAUAAAGUUGUUCUAGUA